AUGAUCGAGCUGCUUUGCCUUCCCUCCCUUUUUCGGCCGUUCCCAUUUAGUAUCUUCCCCUGCGUCCAUUUCAAUCUCGGAAACAAUGUCACCACCUUGCUACACCGCGACCACGCUAAUAUUAUCUUCGGAAUGUGCGCUAUUCACGCCCUCGGACGGUAUGACUACAAAAAGGGUGGUCACCUAAUUCUCUGGGACUGGAAAAUCAUUAUGGAGUUUCCACCCGGCACUACAAUCCUCAUCCCCUCAGCUGCUGUUGCCCACGGCAAUACGCCUCUCGCAGAUCCGGAUAACGAAGAACGCAAGUCCUUCACACAGUACAUUCCAGGAGGACUCAUUCGACGGUGGAGCUAUGGAUAUCGGACGGAGGAGGAGGUGAAAGAGCAGGAUCCAGAGGAGUGGCGUCGGCUCAAGAAGGCGGCGGACGAACGCUGGCAGACGGCAUGUGGGAUGUUUUCGAAGGUUGAGGAACUUCAUUCGGACAUACUUACAAACCUUUGUAUUGUACCUGAGAACGGCGUGGAGGUUGUGGAUAUCGUAGAGAGUGACGGCAAGAGUUGA